GUCGGUAGACGACAGCAACGAAUGCGAGGCCUCAAAGACGGCGAUUGCGUUGUAUCAAGCAAGAGAAGAGGAGAUUGAGAGGAGAAAAAUGGAAGUGAGGGAGAGGGUGGAGUCUCAGCUCACCCGUGCCGAAGAAGAAACCAGACGAUUGGCACAUGUCUGGGAGGAACUGGAAGUGCUGAGUGAUCCCAUGAGAAAGGAAGUUGCUGCUGUGCGUAAAAGAAUUGAUUUGGCUAAUCGUGACCUUAAAUCCCUUGCACAGAUCUGCCACAAGAAAGAAAAGGAGUACAAAGAAGCCAUGGAGGCUUUCCAAGAGAAGAACAAUGAGAAAUCCCAACUUACCUGUACCCUUGUGGAGUUGGUGAAUCAAAGUGAGAAGUUGAGAAUGAGGAAGCUGGAAGAACUCACCAACAUUGUCAACUCAAACACUAUCUGAGAUCCAUACACCUUUAAUUGGCUGUACACUUGAAAUGAUUUACUAAUCUUAUUUUUUCUGUUUUAUUUUUCUUUUCUUAUUUCAUUUUAUGAUUUUUUUUUUUGUAUUCACACAAACGAUACCCAAUUAAAAUGUGUAAGACAAUAGUUUAUUUCUCUUACAUUUGGAACUAACAUUUAUGUAGUGUACAAGAAUUAAGCAGUGUAAUUAAUAAGCUCUCAAUGACCAAACUAGGAUAUAUCAUGUAGAAUAAGAUGCGGAUACAUUUUGAAAACGUCUGGAUAGACGAAAGUCGAAGUAUCGUUUUUUAGUUGAGUAGUUUAAUGGUGAAACUUCAAACGACCAUAACUCUUAAUUCGAAACUAGUUUCAGGACAAUCCACCUAUUGUUUUGGCCGUUCGAAGUGA